GUUAGUCUGGACAUUUCUUCUCAAGCAUUCAGAGGAACAACAGUCUUCAAAUCCUUCAGCAGAACCAAGGGACAGCAAUCAAGUUGCUUCGAGGAACUGAAGACAGAACUCAUUCCAGGUUUUAAGAUGUGCUGUGAGUGGCGGUGUCUGAGCCCAGACAUUCUCGUGGAAGCUCCAGAAAGUGAACAGCUAUUGCUUGAGGAUACUCACCUAAGGUCUGUGAUUGAAGAAGAAGCCUUUAAACUUUUAUCCCAGCAGUCCUUGCUGGACAGACCGUCUUCUCCUAGCGAUGGAUUCACUCAUCAGGAACAGAAUAACCAUCAUGUUCUGGGGUUUCCUAGAAAACUUUGGCAAAGAGUGGAAAGCCCUGAAUUCAAAUCGAUUUGGUGGGAUGAAGGAGGAACCUCCAUCGUGAUAGAUGUAGAGCAAUUUCAGACAGAAGUUUUAGAGAUGAAAGGUCAUUUCAGAAUCUUUGAAACGUGCAACAUGAAGAGCUUUGUUCGACAGCUUAACCUUUAUGGGUUCAGGAAGAUGCAGUCAACUUUUCCGCGAUCGGCUUCCCUAUUCCACUUUAUGCCGGAAUGUUGUGAUGUCUUAGGGACAAGCAAGGUGCAGUUCUUCCAUCACCCACAUUUCAAACAAGGCUGUCCUCAGCUCUUACGACAUAUUCUAAGAAGAGUGGGCAUUAAAAAGAAAUACCAGGCCCUGGAAUCCUUACUUCAAAAACUGCCCAAGGAGUCACGUCGAGCAGGGGAGGUUUUAGCAAAGAGUAAUGGAAAUGCAAGUGUUGUUCCACGGGACAACAUCAAUCCUCAAAACUAUGCAUGCUUUGGUGCAUCACCUCGCAGAUGCAGUCCAUCUGUAGCUGACACCUUGGCUCCUAGAACUGACGCAAUAAGAGGAGCCUCAUCAGCUCCAUCAUCAUCUUCUGCCAUACCAUCAGCCAUCAAGGACACACUCACACUUGAGAUUCCUCCUCAGUUGACAUCAAGUCAGUUGGUCUCAUCUGGUCAACAUCCUCAUUCUAGAGCCUCUGCCAUGAAUGUUGUUUCAACCACACAUUCUUCUUUGCAGAACUACACAAGGAUGCCACCGUGCACUCAUUCUUACCCAAUUAUGCCGCAGCCAUCUGGGUUUCCCCUCACAUACGUGGAAUUCUGGUCCCAUCAGCAAUCAUCUCAUCCCUCUUUCCUUGUAGGCAAUGCACACAUCCCCAGGAGAAUGAUGGCACAGCCAUCUUUUGCUUACUCUCUUACUCAUUUCCAAAAUGACCCCACUCACACUACAAAAUGA